AUGUCUACACACCACUCCCACGUUGUACGACAACCUGACUACUUCUCCGUCACACACAUGAGCCACAGCGAGGAAUACGAGCACUUCAGCACGGAAUCGCCUUGCUCUUCACCUGCUUUCAGCCCAACGGAGGCCACAUCUUUCUCACAACAUCCACUMUUGGCUACGCGUCGAGAGUCCAUCUGUUAUACAAUGCCGGCCGCGUCAAGCUUGCUACAAAUCCAGACGAACGCAUCCCACGGCAGGACACAGUCGCGUCCUCAACUACAAAACGUACUGCAUGUCACAUCAGACGAAUCCACCGGGUCUUCCAGCUCCAAGUCAUCCAUGGACUCUUCUUUCUCUUCAUCUUCAGACUUCGCACGCUGCUCCCGAUGCCACCGGACUUCCAGCAUUGACUACAAGACUGGUCAGAACAGCAUGGUCCAAUGGGGGAUGAAUAGUUAUUACUGCUCGAGGUGUGCAGAUGUCGUGGGCAUGAAACGUUGA